AUGAGUGAAGAUCAGAAGUUGGCUGUAGAUUCUCAAGUAAUUCCAUAUCAACAGCAUCCAUCGAUAUUUCCAUCUAUUCGCUACGCCGAACCAUCCGUUGCUCACGGACAUCCUUCUCUUCCAAUGCCUAAUAUAUUACCUCAUG